GAUGAUAAUGUUGGAUGUUGCUUCAAGACGCAAAGUCGUGGUUGGAUUCUUGGAAUGCGGCAGAAAAGUAGUCGGCAGUUGCCGGACCCUGACCCUAGCUUUUUUGUUUUCAGAGUCCAUCCAGCGGAACUAUAGUCUCAACUGCAGUCAAUCAUGCUAGGUCUGCUCGCUCAGCCUAGUCGUAGGAUUCUUCCAGUGGCAGCAAGAUGGGCACGCUUUAACAGCAGCCAUAUUUCAACCGAAGGAGCCCAAUCAGUACCACCAGCCCAAGUUGAACCGCAACAGCCUAUUCCAUUCACUGAAGCGGACUAUGCGUCAACUAUUAUUCAUGGACGAAGUCUCUACCCUCCAUAUUAUCAUCCCCGAACGCACAACAUUCCCGUUGCAUUAAUUCACUUCCGGUCAUACCACCCUCUGUUCCUCGACCUAUUCGUACAUUUUGCCGGCCAUGCAGCAGGCGCUCUAUCUAUCCCUGUCUCACGUCCUAUCUAUCUUCCCACUCAGCGUUCCAUGUGGACAGUCCCUCGUGGCCCGUUUGCUCACAAAAAAUCGCAAGAGAACUUUGAGCGCAAAGUUCACAAACGUGCUAUUAAAGCAUGGGAUGCGGACCCAGAGGUGAUAGAACGGUGGGUAAAGUACUUGCAACGGCAUACAAUGGCUGGUGUAGGGAUGAGAGUGACAAAAUGGAAGAGAGCACCCAUGGACAUAGGCGCUCGGAUGCUUCAGGACGCAAUGGGUCAGCUAAGGCUCGACACAGACGCGCAAAAAGUGAAGGCUUUGGGAGAACAGAUCAGCCAAAAAGAGCUUGCUGUCGCGGAGGACCCGAGGGCUACUUUGACAUCAUCUCCUGAUGUUAAACCAUGAUGCAUACCGUUCUUCACAUUUUAUUGUACACGACCCACGUCUAAUAGAGUGGAUUUACUG